GCAAUUUUUUUUGAUUUCAAAGUUUUUAGUAUUAGUUUUUUAGUAUUUAACGAAGAAUUCCAGUCCGCGAAUAUUCUGUUUUCCUUGAUCUGAAAAAUAGUUUUCACUACCAGGUUCUCGUUAACACUAAUAAAAUUACAAAUUACUGUGUAAACUAACAGAUUUUCGUACGCAAUAAAAUUACAAAUUUUGUAGUGUAUACGUGUCCUGAAAUGGAGGAUAACAAUAUAGAAAAAGAUGAGUUUUUUCGUGCAUUUCUGGAUGAUGAUCUAGAAGCCCAAGUUAAACUAUCUGCCAAAAUGACCGCCGCGGAACAAGUUGCUAAGUUGUCGGAGGGAUUAGAGCAGGUGUCAACACAAAUUAAUACCCUAGUCCGCAGUCAGUACGGGUCACUUCUGUCCCAGGCAAAUCACGCCGAUCAUCUUAAUACUGCAAUUGGGUCCAUUUCUGGCCACGUUGAGUUAUUACAACAAAGUGCCGAACGGCUUAAGAAACAAAUCAUCGAACCGUACGAACAACUGGUCUCACAGACCAGAAUACUUGGCCGACUUCACGAGACAUCGCAUUUGUUACGUCAAAGCGGUAGAUUUCUUCAGAUCUACAAAGGUUUAGAACAUACUACAAAACUUCCAGAGCAGGCUAGCAUAGUUUACGAGCUAGAAAGCCUAAUGGAGGAUGUGGAACUUAGUGAACUUGAUUUUUUAAAGGAGGAAAUUGCUACUGUGGCAACGGUCAAAGCACGUUUGCUGCAGGUCGCAAAUCGGGAUUUGUUCGAAAAUAUCGAAAAUGGAAAAGUUGAUGAAACUAAAGAAUGUUUAGAAAUUUUCUUAAAUAUGAAAACAUUGACCAAAUGUUUGCAAAAUAUUUUGGAAACGUAUCAACGUUAUACUAAAGAUUCUAUUAAAGAGUGCUAUAUGGCUUCGGACGUGAGGAAAAUGCGCCAAGCAGAUCCCACCAAGGACAAAACGGAGCGCAAUCCAAUCAAGGGACCAGGGAAAGCGCCUACGCUGGCCAGCUCAACUAACUUUCGCACAAAACUUUGGCAAUCAUUGGAAUGGUUAUUUUUGGACGAACUUUAUGGUUACUGCCAACAAAUAGAAUUUCUGCAACGUUGUUUGCUGGAGUUGCCCCUUACAGAGGAUUGUAUUAACAUUGGGAAAACUAUCGGGGUUCGGUUCUGGGAUCAAUUACAAAAACAGUUGAUUGAAUCCUUUGAUACAGUCCAACCCCACGUGCAACAAGCACUGCAGCAGGGUCUUCCGAAGCUGCUUUCGGUGGCACGAGGGUUAGAAAGAAAAGUUGACAACAAAUUCAUUUUCCGGGAAGAUGUGUUUAUUUCUCUGGAGGCAGGCUAUUUGGAGAAAUGUGCCAACAAUCUAAAGGCCGUGCUAACUGACAUAGAUUUUCCUAAUCAAGAAGUAAUAGAUGCCAUAAUACGCGUUGCUUCAACCGAGCUAAGUGCUGCUAAUGUGGACGAUCGACUAAUGCGGAAAGUGACCGAUGUAAUCUGCGUGUCAAGUAGGGAUAUCUGGAAUAAGAUUGAACGAAAUGUUAAACUCGGUGGAGACACGCAUCAAGUUUUGGAUAACCCGAACGCGUCUCAAUCUCAGAAUAUCACGCUAGCCAAUGUGAUCUACUACCACCAUGAGGCCGUGAAUAGGUUGAUUCAACAUUUAGGAUCAAAUUUUUCAAGCUCCGAAUCUGCCACCAAAUUAAAGCAGAGUCUUUUUGAAGGUCGUACCAUUGCGCUUGCAAUCAUCCAACAAUUAAUUGCAUCUAUUCAUUCGGCCGUAAACAUUAUUUUAUUGAGCAUGCAAAGAGAGCCUGGUUUGAACACAUCCAGCAUUUCAACUACGGGGCCUUCGUUUUAUAUGAAAGAAUUGCAGGACUUUUUGUCUCGCUCUUGGAACUCCCAUAUUGUUCCAUUCGCUGAUAAAUCAAUCGUUGAAGAAUGUGGUAAAAAUUUGGCGAUACGGUGUAUAGAAUUAUUUGUGCAGAAUGCCGCAAUAAUACGUCCAAUUUCGAACAACGGCCGUCAAAGACUCAAGUCAGACUCACACCAUCUGGAACUGGCACUUAAACCGAUCGUUCCGGAUCUAACAGUUUUGGGGAAAAGCUUACGAUUACUGAGGGCAAUGUCUUCACUGUUGGUUGUAUCUGCCGAAGAAUUGGUACAACAAACGUCCGGAGAGGAAGGUAUAAUGCCAUCAUACAUUGUGCUAUUCAUGCUGUUCGGGUUCGCUGGUCCAGAAUUGGCCAGUCCACACGUCACUGCGGGCUGGUCAACCGAGAAAUUGAUCCAGUGGUUGGAGACGCAUUCGUCUGAGGCGGAUAGACUGGAACUUGUUACAGGAGCGCUUCAGAAAUAUCGGACCGUCGUCCGUCAGAAAAAUAUAUCCCAAUACGAUGAUGUGUACCCGUUGAUGACUAGCGUUCUGGAGAAGGCAUUAAUGCGGAUCGCGUCCAGAGAAAGCGACUAAAACGUGGACAAUUAUUUGUACUAUUAUAUACCAAUAAAAUAUGUUAGAUGCUUAAGGGACUUUUGGAAAAAAUUCCAACAGCAAAUUAAUCUAGACUCUACACACGUAUGCCUAAUAAAUUGUUAAUAAAAUAAAAAU